GUUGUGAGCCCUGGACGGCAGUUUGGGCUGAUCCACUUGCUGCUCCUCACCAGCCUUGCAGAGCCCGGGCUGAUUACUAGGAAGGGAGUAGAAAGAGAAACUACGUACAAACUUCAGUUGGAGCCUUUGGUCUCCUCCUCUUCCCAAGUUAAGAAGGGGGACGUUUACCCACCCUCUGCUGCACUCCAAGUGCUCCCCCAUGAAGGCGACUUGCUGGAUCCUAGCAGGUUUUUACCUGCUUUUCUGCUGCAAGGCAGAAGAGGGACUGAACUUCCCCACUUACGAUGGGAAAGAUCGGGUGAUUGACCUGAAUGAGAAGAACUACAAGCAGGCCCUGAAGAAGUACGACAUGCUCUGCCUGCUCUUCCAUGAGCCAGUGAGCUCUGACAAGGUCUCCCAGAAGCAGUUCCAGAUGACAGAGAUGGUCCUGGAGCUGGCGGCUCAGGUCCUGGAGCCCAGGAGCAUUGGCUUCGGGAUGGUGGACUCCAAGAAGGAUGCCAAACUUGCUAAAAAGCUAGGCUUGGUUGAAGAGGGAAGUCUCUAUGUCUUUAAGGACGAGCGGUUGAUUGAAUUUGAUGGGGAAUUGUCCACGGAUGUCUUGGUGGAAUUCCUUUUGGAUCUGCUGGAAGACCCUGUGGAGAUCAUAAACAGCAAGCUGGAGCUUCAGGCCUUUGACCAAAUCGACGAGGAAAUCAAACUCAUCGGCUACUUCAAAGGAGAAGACUCUGAACAUUACAAGGCAUUUGAAGAAGCUGCUGAACACUUCCAGCCGUACAUCAAGUUCUUUGCCACCUUCGACAAAGGGGUUGCCAAGAAGCUGGGUCUGAAGAUAAAUGAGGUAGACUUCUAUGAACCAUUUAUGGAUGAGCCUGUUCACAUCCCUGAUAAGCCUUACACAGAAGAGGAGCUGGUUGAAUUUGUGACGGAGCACAAAAGGGCUACUUUGAGGAAACUGCGCCCAGAGGACAUGUUUGAGACAUGGGAGGAUGACAUGGAGGGAAUCCACAUUGUGGCUUUCGCUGAAGAAGAUGACCCAGAUGGCUUUGAGUUCCUGGAAAUCCUGAAGCAGGUUGCCAGGGACAACACCGAUAAUCCCGACCUGAGCAUUGUCUGGAUUGACCCCGAUGACUUUCCUCUGCUGAUCACUUACUGGGAGAAGACCUUCAAGAUUGACCUGUUCAGACCACAGAUUGGGGUGGUGAACGUCACAGAUGCUGACAGCAUCUGGAUGGAGAUCAGAGAUGACGAUGACUUGCCCACAGCUGAGGAGCUGGAGGACUGGAUAGAGGAUGUGCUUUCUGGGAAGAUAAAUACUGAAGAUGAUGACGAUGAUGACGAUGAUGACGACGACGACGACGACGAUGACGAUGAUGAUGACGACGACGACGAUGAUGACGAUGAUGACGAUGACGAUGACUAACUGUGACUCUGAGCAGUGUGACUUGUGGGGGCUCAGUGGCCUCGCCCUGCGGCAGGUCCCUCCAUCAGAAGACCUGUGUUUGAGCGUCAGCAAGCACUGCUGCUCUUCUUUCCCCCUUGCCCUGCUCCCCCUGACCCUGCCCUUGCCGGGACCCCCCAGCCUGAUUCUCAGCGGUGCUGAGCCACUGGGACUGCCCCUGCAGGCACCCAGCACCACUGCAAAUCAUGCCUCCUUAGUAAGGACAUUAGGAAUCUGCAGGGAAUCUGCCCCCAGUGCUCCAGGGCAAGAGUAUAGUGCCUGCCUGCUUGCUGCCGGAGGGACACAGGGAGCCAAUUUGUAUUUUCCAUGCUCAUCGGCCCAGCACAUAACAUCCAAAGACCAAAUCUCACUUCAAGUCAUAGGGAAGGCCACUGUAAAAUUUAGUCCUUUCAUUAAACACAAUGCUCUCUGCAGCUACUCUGCCAAGACCACUCAAUUCUGCAAGUUCUGCUGCAGGAGUCUGUAGCUACUCAUUAACAUGCCAGGAACAGCAAAAAGCUUUGGGAGGGGAGGAAGGUUUUAGAGAUAUUAUUUAGGUUUCCAGUGAUUCCAUAUAAUGACAGGAUAUUCUUGUCUGGCAGUGCAAUGCAAAACCAAACACCACAGUCCCUGUCUGAACCUCUUUCUUCUUCUUGAAAGCUCAGGCCAAGGAUAGGGUAAAUGCAGGUGGUCUGAUAUGGG